AUGCUAAAGAAAGAGCAUAGCCAAAAGUCUUUUUUAGAGGAGAAGCACUUUUUGAUUAGAAAUUAACAUCCUGUGCAUCCGAUUAAAUUCAAUUUGAUUCCAAUUUUGAAUCUGGCAAUCUCUUUUGUGCAUUUAAGAAAUCGGAAAAUGUGGGCAACACUUAGUGGUUCUUCUUUUAGCGUGACUGGAGCUAAGGCAGGAUAAACCAUAUAAUUUAAUUUGCUAAAUCAUUUGAAGAGCGGUAGUCUUUUCAAUGAGGGAUUGCAACCAGCUGUCUAUUCUCUUAAGGAUAACCAAAUAAACGGAUCUGAAUGGUGCAGGGAUGGAUUCAACAUCAGCUAUUUUAAAAGUCCAUUCAUGAAGGAAUACCCACUCUCUUUGAAAAAGAAAUAUUAUCAGUUGAGAUUUCAUUACACAUUCAAACACAAUGAUGACAAGGUCUUCUUUGCUCAUUCCUAUCCCUACACUUAUACUAAUUUAUUGGAGUCCUUAAUACACAAUUAGAUGAUCAAGAGAGAAAUCAUCCUAUGCUAAACUCUUGGGGGCAAUACUUGUGAAGUAUUGACUAUCACCUCAAACUCACUAUAACGCAGAGCCUACAGAAAAGGCGUUGUCUUUCUGGCCAGAUAGCAUCCAGGUGAACCCUAGGGCUCUUAUGUGAUGCAAGGAAUUAUUGAUUUUCUUACUUCUAAUAAUCCAUAGGCUGAAUAUUUGAGAUAGAAUUGCAUCUUUAAGUUGUUUCCCAUGAUGAAUCCAGAUGGAGUUGUCAAUGGAAACUAUAGAUGCGGAUUAGAAGGCGGCGAUUUAAACAGAAGGUGGAAAAAACCCAAUAAAUAUCUACAUCCCAGUGUCUACUAUGCUAAGAAGUAUGUCAAAGGGUUUAGUAAAGAGAGACAAAUCAUACUUGUCAUUGAUUUGCAUGGUCAUUCAAGAAAACAAUCCUCCUUUGUUUAUGGAUGUGCCUAUUCUUCGUAAGUUAAAACUAUUGAACGAGUGUUUGCUUUGUUGAUGGCGAAACUAAAUCCAUUUAUGGACUAUCCCUCUUGUACCUUUAGGAUUGAGAAUGCUAAAGAUAAAACAGCUAGAAUUCAACUCUGGAGAGAAUUGAAAAUCAACUGGGUUUAUACUUAUGAGUGCAGUUUUUAUGGAUAAUAGAAACAACAUUACCAGAUCAAAGAUUAUCUCAAUUGUGGUCUUAGUAUUUGCAAUGCGCUGUCAUAAAUUGUUAAGGACACAUCAAAAGAAUUCACCAAUUAAGCCAAUGUUCCUGAUAUUUAAUAGCAAAUGCUUGAGGAAUUAGGCAAGAUGCCAUAGACUGAUGACUAAGACAAUGGAUCGGAUUCUAGUUAAUCUGAAGCUGAAUUAUCAGAUGAUGAAUUAGUUCAAUUAUUUUAACCAAAGACUUACUCAACCAAACAAAAAAACUUUUUAAAACAACAAGAAUUAAACAAAAAGAAACCUUAACCGGUUAAUCCGAAAUCAACUAUAAACUCUUAAAAAGCCUCUAUUUUACAAGAGUCCCCUUCUAAGAAUUCAGAUUAAAAACCUCCGAUGAGUAGUUAGAAACCUAAGAGUACUUUGUAUAGGAUCCAAGCUCCCUAGAGAUAAAAGUAGAUUGAGUAGACAAAAUUGCCUGAUCCACCACUGAUGGUUGACAAAUCAGUAUAAACUGAUGAUUGGAUGUAUAGAUAAUGGCUAAUUCAAAUGGGAAAGAUGAAGAAACAACAAGAAUUUCAAAGUUUUACUCCCACAAGAAAUAUAUAUAAAUCUUCAUCACAAUCAGUAACUAGAUUUAUUGUGAAAAACUCCUCAACUAAAAACGAUAGAGGUAGGGUUGAUUCAAUUUCACUUGUAACAUCAGGCUUGCAAAAUAAAUUAAUUUCUUCUAGUCAAUAGCGGUAAAUGAUGAGAUACUCUGGCAGUAACUUUAUGUCUUGA